ACACAUACACAGAUGAGAGAAACAGACGUAGAGCAUGAGAGAGAAAUAGACAGAGAGAGAGAGAGAGGAUCCAGUAUGUUCGUUUCACCUCCUAAUCAGUUUUCCAGGGGGAUCCAUCAGUGACUGCAGCACAUAAGGACACUCGGAAGCAGGAAAAAGGAAACAGCGCCUAAAAGCUUCAAUCGCAGCUUUAACAGCAUACAAAAAUGGACGCCCCUCUCGCCACCCCAUGCAACAUCCAAAUAUGUGAAGUGACGUGCGAUUCGUUCCGCAUCGUGUGGGACAUGACUCCCGGGGACACAGCCAGAGCCACACACUUCUUCAUUGACCUGAGCCGCAAAGAGUGCCGGGAUCCCAACCGCUUCAAACACAGGGAUGUGCCAACCAAACUGGUGGCGAAGGCCGUGCCCUUGCCCAUGGCCGUGAGGGGACACUGGUUCCUCAGCCCGUGCACAGAAUAUUGCGUCGCCGUGCAGACUGCGGUUCGACAGCCCGAUGGCGAAUACCUGGUGUCAGACUGGAGCCAAGUGGUGGAGUUCUGCACGGGAGACUACGCUAUAGAACACCUUCAGCAGCUUCUCGACAAGGCCCAAGGCUCUGCGGGAAGGCUCCUGAAAUUUUCUGUGUUUUAUCGCAAUCAGCAUCCAGAUUACUUUGACUGUGUCAGAAUGGAGUGUGCAGGUCUGAUGCGUCCUGCUCUUAAAGACACAAGCGGCAGUCAUGGUUCUCCGAUAAAUGGCAAACUGCACGGCGUCUUCUUUAGCUGCAACACUGAGUUUGAUACAGGACUCCCCCCCAAAGACUCACCCUACGGCCCCCUGCGCUUCCAGAUCCCGGCUGGACACCUGCUCAACCCGAACAUCUCGCUAUACUUUGCUGACUUCUAUUGCAUGUACACCGCCUACCACUAUAUGAUUCUGGUGCUGGCCCCCGCGGGCACAGAGGGGGACCACUUCUGCAGAAGCCGCCUCCCCACGCUGGACUUGGCCAGCAACCCCUUCUUGACAUACACCGCCCCCCAGGGGCCGGGGGAGGAACCGCUGUACCGCCACGCCAGCGGCGUCAUCCUCGAGGUGCUUUUCACAGAGCCGGUCAGUUUGGGUCAGGGAACCGUGGAGCAAAUCAGCGGACACCACCAGCUCAUGAGUUUGACCACGGCCAAUGCCAAGAAGGACCCGAGCUGCAAAGUGUGCAACAUCAGCGUGGGCCGCUGAGCCAGAUGACGAUUUAAGACGAGCCUGGGGGCGACCGAGCGUCCGAGGCCAAAACACUUGGAGCUCAUCGUUUUGUUUUUUUGUCGGCCAAAACCCCCCCCAAAAAAUAUAUAUAUAUCAAAAACAUUCACAUCUCGUGGGUGUGCAUGCUGCUUUGGUUUCUCCCUCCCGCCCAGGCUAGAAUAGUGUGGCUUCAAAUUACAAAUUAGAAUUCUAUCUCAUAGAGUUCCAUCAAGGGCAGCUAGAAACUGAAACCUUUUAUUACAUUCACAGCAGUGGAAAAGACUGAACAAAGCUAUUUGUGAUCCUUGGUUUCUUGAUACAGUUUUUGUUGUUGUUUCUUAAACUGGUGGUGUAUUUUCAAGGCCAAAAGAGGGGUCGUCAUUUCAGGUGCCAAAUUUGGAGGAAUUACAAACAUUUCAGAAGGAAUUAAGGAAAACAUGAUAUAGUACGGCAGCACAAUGGCAGACUGGUUAGCACGUCUGCUUCACAGUUCCGACCUCUGCGUUUUGAAUCUUGUCCCUGGCCUUCCUGCAUGUUUGCCUCGAAAUUGUGAGUCAAUCAAUGUGAGUGUGAAACUAAAGCACAGGUGUCAAACUCAAGGCCUGGGGGGGCCAGAUCUGGCCCGCCACAUCACAUCAUGUGACCCGUGUAAGCAAAUCAUGUGCAUCUAGUUCAUGUUCUUCUGUUUGAAAGUUGCAAAUUGUCUUCACUUUUUAUAACAGUUAAAAAUGUUAAGCAUUUUAGAAUAAGAAAGUUAAGAGUGAUGCAGGCAGGCAGAUGCAUUUGGUACGGGCCACUUUCAACUGUACAAAAACCGAGACAAAAAAAGGUAAAAACCGAAUCAUACAAAAACUGAUGUUCCACUGCAGCCUAUUUAAUUAUAUGAUGAGGGGAUUAUAUAUUUAGGUUUCCAGAGUCAUAACGGCCCUCCGAGAGAAACCAUAACUAGAAUGUGGCCCGUGGGAAAAAUUAGUUCGCCACCUCUGGUCUACAGUAUAUGUGCAGUUAACUGGGAUUGGCUGCAGCUCAUCUGUGUCACUAAUGAAAACUAGCGCUGUAGAAAAUGGAUGGGUGGAAUAAACAGUUACAGUAUCA